AUGCGUGUAUUCGUCACGGGAGCAACAGGCUAUAUUGGCCGUGCAGUUGUCAAGGAGUUACUGAAUGCAGGUCACAGUGUCCUGGGUCUAACGCGUUCCGACAAAGGGGCGGAAUCUCUCCUUGCUGCCGGUGCCGAAGUCCAGCGGGGUUCUUUGGAGGACCCGGACAGUCUCAAAGAGGGUGCUGUUGCAUCAGAUGGUGUGAUACACCUCGCUUUUGAUCACGACUUCUCCAACUAUGUCGGCAAUUGCAUGAAGGACAGAGUCGCCAUAGAAGCCAUUGGGACCGCAUUGGAAGGAACCGGUCGUCCCUUCAUUAUAACCGCUGGCACUUUACCACUUCCGCUAGGUCAAGUGUGUACCGAAGAUUUCGCUCUGGAGCUUGAACGGCCAACCGCCAUUCGUGGUGUUGCAGAAAACAUAGCGCUGUCCUUUGUCUCCAAGGGGGUGCGCGUGUCCGUCAUUCGGCUGCCACCGACGAAUCACGGUCCCGGCGAUAAAGGGUUUAUUGCGGCAAUUGUCAAAGUUGCUCAAUCCACAGGAGUCUCAGCUUAUCCUGGGGAGGGACUGAAUCGCUGGCCUGCAAUACAUUACCUAGACACGGCCAAGAUAUUCCUACUAGCAUUCGAGCAGGCAACCGCUGGGUCUAUAUUUCAUGCUGUGGCUGAGGAAGGCAUUCCAAUGAAGGACAUAGCACAGGCGAUUGGGAAGAAGCUCAACAUACCCACGGGCAGCAAAACCGGGGAGGAAGUGGCAGCACACUUCGGCUGGUUGGCCUUGGCAAUUGAUGCUGAUAAUCCAGUUUCAAGCGCCAAGACCAGGAGACAACUAGGAUGGGUACCUACACAUGCAUCGCUCGUUGAAGACAUCGAGAACGGCUGCUACUCGAGUGAUUGA